AUGGAAUACAUAUUCAAAAGGGCGGACGAGGAACCAGUUGAUCAAAAGAAGUACCUCGAAGAGUCUUGCAAGCCAAAGUGUGUCAAACCACUACUCGAGUAUCAGGCAUGUGUUAAGAGAAUCCAAGGUGAUGAAAGCGGGCACAAGCAUUGUACUGGGCAAUAUUUCGACUACUGGUCUUGUGUUGACAAAUGUGUUGCACCAAAGCUUUUCCCAAAACUGAAGUGA